AAAGACUUCCAGGAUCUGGCUUGUGGAAAUAGGAGUUCCUUUGAUCCAUUGAAGCAACAAGUAUGCCGCCUUUUCAUGGUAAUGGAUGCGAAAUCGCUGUGGAGGGGCUAAAUCCAAACCUUCCCCAUAACUGCAGAGCUAUCAUGAAACGCUCUGAAUCGGCGGGUUGCGGAAUCUCUACAGAGAAGCUGUAUGAGCAUCUCUACUCAGGAGUGUUCUUAGACCACAAAAGAAAGAAGUAUUGGAUUGAUCCAAAAACAGGCUAUAACUGUUUCAUGCUAUUUGCAAGAGAUCUUUCAAUCACUUGGGGUGAUGACAACCGUUACUGGAAAUGGGAUUCUUUGCAAGAAACAAGCGAUGUGCGUGUUGACAUAGCUGAACUCAAAAACGUCUGCUGGCUUGAGGUGCGAGGAAAGUUUGAUACAUCAAAUCUCUCACCAGGAGUCAUGUAUGAGGUUGCAUUUGUGGUGAUGCUGAAAGAAGCCUCCAAUGGAUGGAAUGCUCCACUGAACUUAGAACUCGCACUCCCUGAUGGAAAGAAGCAGGAACAUAAAGAGAAUUUGCAGUACAAACCCAAAGGACAAUGGAUGGAACUAGUGAUAGGGGAGUUUUGGACAUGUCAAAAUAUGGAUGGAGACAUACAAUUCUCCCUCCUUGAAAUCAAGGGUGGGCAAUGGAAGAAUGGGUUUAUCAUCAAGGGUGUUAUUAUUCGACCAAAAAACUGCUAUGACAAACCACCACACCAUCAUGGCCACUUUACAAUGAUCUCAAGGGAUCUUUCAAUCACUUGGGGCGACAACCAGCAAUACUGGCAUUGGUACUGUUUGAAUGAAACAGGUAACAAUCUUGUUGAUGUAGCUGAACUUUUAAAUGUGUGCUGGCUUGAAGCGAAAGGAAAUUUCAACAUAUCAAAGCUCUCACCAGGAAUUGUGUAUGAGGUUUCAUUUAUUGUAAUGCUAAAAGAUCCUGCAUAUGGGUGGGAAGUUCCGGUGAAUCUCCGACUCGUACUCCCCGACGGAAAAAUGCAUGAACGUAAAGAAUGCCUUCAGCACAAGCCUAAAGGACAAUGGAUGGAGCUUAAAGUAGGGGAGUUCAAGAAAUGUCCAGGAAAUAAUGGAGAGAUACAAUUCUCCCUCUUUGAAAUUGAAGGUGGUCAAUGGAAGAAAGGGCUUGUUAUCAAGAGUGUUGUCAUUCGUCCAAAGAACUAAGUUAACUAAUAGUUCUAAGAAGUUUAUGUAUCUAAAUAAAAUGGAGCGUAUCUAUAUAAUAUGAAAUGCAAUAAAUAAUCAUAUGGUAACUUCUUAAAGUUACCUUAUGAAAAUUAAUAAGUC